CCGCCACAACUCUUGGCGCGGCGAUCGGGAGCGGCCGCGAUGGCGCCGCUGCGCGUGGUGAGCCACGGAGGGCGGCGGUUCCUCUGCUUCUGCGGGGACGGUGGCGCCUCUCCGCGGCUGCAGCUGACCGACGCUUGCGACUUCUGGAGCUGCAGCGUCCCUUUGGAGAAGCUGAACGGACAGGUGGAGGAGCCCGGCUCUGCCGCCGACAGCCUCUCCAGACUGCGGGAAAUCUUGCAGGGCCAGACGCCCAUCCUCACCCUCCAGGACGGCAGGGCUACGCUUCAGGUCCAGAACGGUGACCAGAGCGUGACCUUCGACCUGGACAAAGCCUCGGUCCCCGAAGCCAAGAGGCAGCUGCAAGACCUCACUUUCGGCCUGGUGGAGCAGCUGCAGGCGCUGGAGAAACGCCUGGAAGAGGUCGCAGCCGCUGCCACCUCCGUGGCCCUCAGGAGCCCUGAGAAGGCCUCAGCGAGCCAGAGACUCUUGGGAGCAGACUUCAGUCCGCGGAAGCCCAGAGGAGGGGCUGGUCCAAGCAAGCGGCGCCUGCCUGGAGAGUCCCUCAUUAACCCUGGAUUCAGAAGCAAGAAGACCCCGACGGGAGUCGACUUCGAGGAUGCCUGAACCGCUUUCCCAAUCAAAUGGGGAAAAAACUGCUUCGUCGCGGGUGUUUUUUAAAAAAAAUUAUUUAAGCCUUAGAACUAUACCCAGUAUAUUUUUUUAUAUGUAUUAUAUAGAAUGAAGGGCUCUCGUUGACAAUAAAUGCUUGAUU